AUGAAGAGAAACAAGAAAUCAUCUCUUCUGUUUGUUUUGUUCUUUCUGUUUAUUCUGUCCGUCACAUUUUCAAUAAUGUCGGUCGAGGCAAGAAAGCAUCACACAAAGAAGAGCAAACAUCAGAAGAAAGAUAAAGGAGGCUCAGCCGAUUCAGGAUUUGCAGGACCUGCACCUGCACCUCCUCCAGCCCCUCUUCCUUCUUGUGGUUCGAAUGCUACUCAGUUAAACAUAUUCGAUAUUUUGUCGUUUGGAGCUAAGGGGGAUGGAGUCCGUGAUGAUUCAGAGGCUCUUCUCGCUGCAUGGAAAGCUGCGUGCAAGGUACCAGGAGCUACAUUAGAAAUCCCAUCAGAGUUCAAGUUCCUCAUCAAGCCCAUAACACUGCAAGGUCCCUGCAUGCCUCACCUUGUUCUUCAGAUAGAUGGAACCCUCUUAGCACCCCCAGAAGUAGGUUCAUGGCCAAAAUCCAGUUUGUUUCAGUGGUUGAAUUUUAAAUGGGUACAAAACUUCACCAUUCAAGGUAGAACUGUUGAUGGUCAAGGCCCUCAAUGGUGGACGGCAUCUUCACUCUAUUACACUCCGAAGAAACUCAAACACAUUCCAGAUUUGAAACCAACUGCUUUGAGAUUCUAUGGAAGCUAUAAUGUCACAGUUCGAGAUAUCAAAAUCAUAAACAGUCCUCAAUGCCAUAUGAAAUUUGACAACUCCGCCGGGGUCAAAGUCGAUAAUAUAAAGAUUUCUUCUCCAGAAAACAGCCCAAACACUGACGGCAUUCACCUUCAAAACACACGAGAUGUAGAAAUUCAACAUUCUAAUAUCGGGUGUGGAGAUGACUGUGUAUCAAUACAAACUGGGUGCUCAAACAUUCACAUUCAUCAUAUCAAUUGUGGCCCCGGACAUGGUAUAAGUUUAGGAAGUCUUGGGAAAGACAAGAGUGUUGGUUGCGUCUUUGACAUUCUUGUGGAGAAAAUCUCAGUGCAGAAUACAUUAGCUGGAGUUAGAAUAAAGACAUGGCAGGGGGGUAUUGGAUCUGUCAAGAACGUGUCAUUUUCAAAUAUUCAAGUGUCUGAUGUCAAGGUGCCUAUAAUAAUUGAUCAAUAUUAUUGUGAUAAACAUUUCUGCAAGAAUCAAACAGGAGCAGUGGCGAUAUCUGGUGUUAAAUACGAUCAGAUAAUUGGAACAUAUUCAGUGCAGCCAAUUUAUCUAGCAUGUAGUAAUGAUAUUCCGUGCACAGAUGUCGAUCUAAUCGAUAUUCAGUUGAAGCCGUCUCCAAAAUUUCGAGGUUUUCACCAGGCUUUGUGCUGGAAUUCAUAUGGAAAAUCAAAGGCUCCUUUGGUUCCUUCGAGUAUUGACUAUUGCUUGAGAAGGGAUAGUGGUUCAAUAAUGAAAAGAGUAGCUAGAUCUCAUGAGCAUGUGUGUUAGCA